AUGAAAAUGAAGAAAAUAUUUCCUUCAAAUACAUAAAACUUUUAAUCAGGACUAUAAUUUGAAUAUGAAAAUGGAAAUGUACUCCGUAUGCAUUAAUCAACCAUUUCGAAAGCUCCUCUUUCUGUAGUUCCAAGCGAGGCCAGUUAAACUUACUAUUAAAUAAUUGAAAAAAAUAAAUUAUCAUACUUAGAAUACUAUAGUAAAUUUAAUGAAAUGAGAUUUAUGGAAAAUAUGGCAGGUUUUUUGAAUAUUUAAAUUAAGGAUUAAAAUCAAAGUCAUAAAAAUAAGUUCUUUUAGAAAGUUUUCUCAAUAUGUUUGAUGAUAUGAUCUCAUGCUUAAUUGUUAUAUAAAAUACUUUACUUCUCAUUAAUUUUGAUAUUCCAGAUUUUAUAUAAUUGUAUAAUAUAUCUCCAAAUACAAUGGCUGAAAUAUUAUUUAAAGACAUUAAAGUAAGUUUCAUAUUAUCAGUUUAUAGACAUUGGAAGGACUUCAUUAAGAAAUAUAAUAUUCUUCAUCUCUUCGAUUUUUAGAAACAGUUUUAGAAGCACUUGAAUUUAAUCCAGAGUUAUCUAAUAAAAUUUAUUAAUUAGAUGUUAAAUAAUGGUCUUAAAAAUGUUAUAAUCAUCUCAAUAAUUUUAUGAUUACUCAAUAACAAAUUAAAAAUUCUUAAAAAUCUUGCUGCUGUUUUAAAUGA